AUGCCUCACAAACACAGAAGGAGGGACGACAAUGCAGACGAUUUCAAUCUGCCUCCCACGGCCGUCGCAAAGGCUUUGCCUGUAGGCAAAAAUGCUCAAACCGUCUUUACCUCGGAUGGCAAGAAGAAGAGAAAGACCGAGAAGAAUGCGUACAAGUUCGACGACACGCCAAAGGCUUUUCAACGCUUGAUGUAUCGCCAGCAGCCCAAAACUGAACCCGACGAGACCGAGUCAAAGACCGCCAACAAGAAACGCAAACGUCAGGAGGACAUCAAGCAAAAGCAGAAGCAACAGCAAAAGGGCACAACCAUGGAGAUGCCCAAGAUACAGCCUGGUGAAAAACUACGAGACUUCAAUGCUCGUGUGGAUCAGACAUUGCCAGUGACUGGUCUGGCGCGCAAGGGCAACCAAGGUCUGGCACCUGGCGAGAAGGUCACACGAACAAAGAAAGAGAAGAAAAUGCACAAAAUGUACGACGAGUGGAGGAAAGAGGAUCAGCGCAUCAAGGACAAGGCCGAGGAAGAGCAAGAAAAGCGCGAGGAAGAGGAGGAAGAACGUAAUGCACUCUACGGAGAGGACUCGGGCGUGCCUACGCUGUACGGCAAGAAGCGUCAAAGGAUGAUCGGCGAGUCGAAAGACAACGACGACAUUUGGGCAGUGCUCAAGACGAAACGAGACAAACCAAAGGGUCUGCACGAUGUAGCACAAGCUCCUCCCGAGUUCACUGUGGUACCCAGGGAGAAGUUCAAGGUCAAGAACGGAGCCAGAGCCGAUGUCGCAGAUGUGCCAAAUGCUGCUGGUAGUUUGGCAAGGAGAGAGGAGCUUGGUGCAGAGAGAAAGAAUAUUAUCGAGCAAUACCGUGCUCUGAUGAGAAAGGCUUCCGGAGAAUAG